AUGGCGAUUUUAGACUCCUAUGUUGGUGAGAAAAUUGCAGCUACAAAGGUAACGGAGGUCAAAGUCGUUGUUAAUGCCAAACAAUCCACCCCACCCCCAACGAUUGCAAUGCAGCCUCCCAGAAUUACUGGCAUUUCGGUGUUUGAAGUCGGUGUUGAAUACAUUACCGGAUGUGGUGAACAUUACAACGUCUUUGCCAAUGAUACAGCUCUUACUUUCAUCUUUAAAAUGUUUGGUACUUUAAGCAAAGAAAGGUAUCGUUUCACCCAAUACAGCGAUCCCAAUGAAUUUUACCAAGAAGAGGUGCAAGGUGGUGACUACCAGUUCCAAGCCAAAUUACCAAGAGGAUUAUAUGUCCUUUCUGUUAUCACCUCUGGACUCGAUGGUGAAAGUAAUGAGGUUUUCCGAAUAUUGGAAAUUGAAGACUCAAUGGACCAAGCAAUUAUUUGUCAAAGCUUCGAUCAAAAACGAAAUGUUUCACUUGCAAAUAUUUUGUCCUUUUCACCGCCCUCACUGAAAGAAGUGGGAUUUAGAAUUUUUAGUGAAUCUGGUCGAUUUCACUUUGUGAAGUGGAUGAAGCAGGAUGUCUGUUUUUCCCCAGAAAUUAUACCACAUCCGGAAAUUCCUUCCAUUGUCACGGCGAAUGUUAAUUCGUUCAUUGUUAAAGUGAUCUCUAUCGAAGAUGGGAAGAGUUUUGAAGUUCCGACAGCCAAUACAAGUGUUUGUCUUCCAAAAGCUGAAUUGAACACUAAUUUUUUGUAUAAUCUGGUUAUAUAUGGAAGCAAUAAGCGAUAUAUUCACCGUGAUAGACACAUUAUCCUAGUUGGCAAUGAGCCAACUAUGAAUGUGGUCAUCAAGCUUGUAAAACCAUUGUCGUCGGUUGGAAGAUCGGUAAUUUCAUCACCUGAAGAAACUGUUCUUACUAGUACCUGCAAUCAGGUUAUCUUCCCACGAAACACGGUGACUCAAUGGAAACUCACCAUAUCAUAUCCCAACUCUACUUUCUGGAAGUUGAGUGACAAGGAAAUGCAAAAGUAUACUGGCGGUCGAACAAGAAGUACUUUGGUUAUCUCGCCACAACUGCUACUUCAGCUGCCAAGGGAAACGUAUUUAAUAGUCUGUCUGAUAAUUCAAGAGAACGUUUCAAAGAUAACCAAAAUAUGCGAACAGUACACGGUUAACAUGCCUGAAAAAUGCGAUUCGUGUAUCUUAAAUGCCCCAAAUAUGAUAGAUGAUUUUCAAACGGUGUGUGUCAACUGUAACUGUACUUCCUCUUUGGGUGAUACUUUUGAAUUUUAUACAAUGACCAAUUUGGGAACGCAAUCAAUAGCAUUUGGAGAUAGUCCAUCGUUCUGCAGUUAUCUUCCCGCCUCGGAUGAUGCUGUUACGCCUUGCAUUCGAAGUCUGCCAGGAUCGAUGGUCAUUGUCCGCAAGUGCUUUCAUCAAAUUAAAUUUAUUCCCAAGACAAUGGAUGAUAUUGAAAGUCAACUUGAUGCUCUCCUAUCUGACAAGAAUAGCUUACUUGAGGAGGCGAUAUUGUCAAAGAAUCCAAAUUUGAUUUCUGCGACUGUGCAAGUAGUUUCGACCCAGGUUAACAAUUUUAUGGACUCAGUUCACAAUCAGCUAGGACAAAGCGAUGUUGACGCCAAACGUAACAAAGUUGGAGUUGUGACAGGCAAGCUAGUUGAGGCCAUAGAAGGCAUCUCGCUUGCACAGAAUGAAUCACUCUUACCACUUACCUCAGCCUUGGAAGCACUUGCAAAUACCUCUAAGGAUAUGCCAUAUUACACGGUGAAUCGACUGGGUACGAUGUUGCAGAAGUUACCUCCCACUUUAAAGCAAAUAUUACCACUAUCGUCGCGUGAAGAUAUGUUUCUAAUUAGUCAAAGGCUGAUGCAAUUCCAAUUACUUCUCUUGCAGGGAAUGAGUCUGCAGUAUAAAGAUCCUCUUCCAAGCCUAAUGAAACGCGAUUUGAAGACACUUGACUACGACACGGAUAUAGACAGUGAACGUAAGUUCCAUUUGCCAAUCGCUUCAAGGGAUCCAAUUCUCAUUAGUUCUUCAUCAGAAAGAUUUCUUUAUUAA